AUGGUUAGUUCCUUGUACGACCCCUUAGGACUGGUCUCACCUUUUACUUUGCCUGUUAAAUUAGUCUUACAAAGUUUGUGCAAAAAGGGACUAAAAUGGGAUGAACCUAUACCUGAUAAGGAAUCAAAGGAAUAUAGGAAAUGGAUAGAAACCAUAGAUUCCCUGGAGAAUAUUAAAGUUCCAAGAUGCUCAAGGAAAGUACAAGCUAAAUAUACUAAAGUACAAUUACAUUGUUUUGCCGAUGCAAGCGAUAGUGGGUAUGGCGUUGCUAUAUAUGCAAGAUUCCAAUACUCUGAUCAGAGCAUCGAAUGUAACCUAGUGGUAGGAAAGUUAAGGGUAGCACCACUUAAGAAGAUUACCAUUCCCAGAAUGGAACUAACAAGAGCAACUCUUGCUGUGAAACUGGCUAAUGUAGUCACCAAUAGAUUAACCACAAUUCACGAAGGUUCGAAUGUCGAAGACUGGCACUAUAUUGCUUCAGAUUUGAACCCUGCAGACUUAGCAUCACGAGGAAUGCAUGGAAAUUGUGAUGAAGAUAAAAUAAGUAGAUGGUUCCAAGGUCCAGAAUUUCUGAGCAAACCUAUGUCAGAGUGGCCAGAAUCAAGAAACUUUAAGUGUACAAUUAUACCGGACGAAAUGGCAUCGAAGGUAGCCCAUGCAACGGUAAUUAAGGAAGAUUCAUUUAUGUCUAGCUUAACAAAUAGGUACUCCACUUGGACUAAACUAAAAAGAAUUGUCGGAUGGGUAAUUCUGGAAUGCAGGAAAUUCAAACAAAAGAAGAAUGGAGAAAUUGAUAAAGAUAUCAUCUUGUCAAAGGAAAUUCUGAACGAAGCCGAAAAGGUAAUUGUACAAUUAGAACAACAAAAUUACUUCUCAGAAGAAACUAAAUCUAUGAAAGAUACUAAGACAUUAAAUGUAGGAAAGGGUAGCCCAUUGUACAAAUUAGAUCCUAUAAUAACUCUAGGUGUUUUAAGAGUAGGAGGCAGACUGAAUAACUGUUUGAGAGGAAACACCAGAUCAUUUUGCCUAAACAGUCUAAUGCCUAAAAUGGCUGACUUACCCAAGGAAAGAGUUACUCCAGAAGAACCACCGUUCACUAAGGUUGGAAUGGACUACUUUGGUCCUUUUGAAGUUAAAAGAGGUAGGAACACAGUAAAACGUUAUGGUGUAAUUUUCACAUGUUUAGCAUCAAGAGCGGGAAUAGAGUGGGAAUUUAAUCCUGCUAGCUCACACUUCGGAGGAGUAUGGGAAAGAAUGAUAAGGUCUGUAAGAAAAAUUCUGUACUCGUUGGCCAAGGAAAAAAUUGUAACAUUGGAUGAUGAAUCUCUAGUAACACUAAUGCACGAAAUUGAAGCAAUAUUGAAUAAUAGACCUUUGACAGCUAACCCAAAUGUCCCAUCUGAUUUGGAAGCCUUAACACCUAACCAUCUCCUACAACUACGCCCUGGUAAUGAAAUGGCGCUAGGAGACUUUAGUGAAGACUGUUAUUCAAGGAAACGUUGGAAACAAAUGCAGCACUUGGUGGCACGAGGCAGUAGGUGUAGUCAGCACCCCACCUCAGACCCGCAGCUCUCCUCUACAGCAGGGUAG